GCCUUAAGAUUGCAUCAGCUGGUCCAUUCAGGGUCCGCAGGCGCACGCGCACCAUUUCUGGGCGCCCUAGACUACCUCUGACCUGCUUCUUUGCUCUUACCAGGCAGGCGGCUGCUUUCGGCUUCUGUCUUCUCUUCGAGGUUCGCCGUUUGAGGAGAAGGCCAGCAGUCUGUCAGGGAAGAUGGAAGACGUGGAGAAGCCGGUCAAUGCUGGUGAGGAGAAGCGAAAGGAAGGAGGCAAGAAGAAAAGCAAAGAAGUAUCUGGAGAUGGAGGUCGAGCAGAGUUGAAUCCUUGGCCUGAAUAUAUUUACACACGUCUCGAGAUGUAUAAUAUACUAAAAGCAGAACAUGAUUCCAUUCUAGCAGAAAAGGCGGAAAAAGAUAGCAGGCCAAUUAAAGUCACGUUGCCUGAUGGUAAACAGGUCGAUGCGGAAUCCUGGAAAACUACCCCAUAUCAAAUUGCUUGUGGAAUUAGUCAAGGCUUGGCCGACAACACUGUUAUUGCUAAAGUGAAUGAAGUUGUUUGGGACCUGGAUCGCCCCCUGGAGGAAGAUUGUACCUUGGAGCUUCUCAAGUUUGAGGAUGAGGCGGCUCAAGCAGUGUAUUGGCACUCGAGUGCUCACAUAAUGGGUGAAGCCAUGGAAAGAGUCUACGGUGGAUGUUUAUGUUAUGGUCCACCAAUAGAAAAUGGAUUCUAUUAUGACAUGUAUCUUGAAGAAGGGGGUGUGUCCAGCAAUGAUUUCUCUUCUUUAGAGGCUUUAUGUAAGAAAAUCAUUAAAGAAAAACAAGCUUUUGAAAGAUUGGAAGUUAAGAAAGAAACUUUACUGGAAAUGUUUAAGUACAAUAAGUUCAAGUGCCGGAUAUUGAAUGAAAAAGUGAAUACUCCAACUACCACAGUCUAUAGGUGUGGCCCCUUGAUAGACCUUUGCCGAGGUCCUCACGUCAGACACACUGGCAAAAUUAAGACUUUAAAGAUACAUAAAGUAAGCAAUGUACUUUUAAAUAAACAUAUAUAUCUCAUAUGGUUGUGUGUUUAAACUUCCAUUGGUUUCUCUU